AUGUCGCUGCAGUGCACGAGAGCUGUUCUCACUGCCUUGUGGUUCUGCAAGCCCGUGUGCCGGGCCCCAGCCCGCCCUCCUGAACGUGGGCUGUGGUUCGGUCCCAUGCUGCGACCCAGUCCUGCGGACCUCAGGAAGCAGGCGAGGCAGCUGGAGAACGAGCUGGACCUCAAGCUGGUCUCCUUCAGCAAGCUGUGCACCAGCUACAGCGGCGCCCGAGACGGAAGGCGCGACAGCUCUGACACGACUCCUCUCUUAAAUGGAUCGAGCCAGGACAGAAUGUUUGAGACUAUGGCUGUGGAGAUUGAACAACUUCUGGGAAAGCUUACUGGAAUAAAUGACAAAAUGGCAGAAUAUACAAAUAGUGCUGGAGUCCCAUCCCUGAAUGCUGCACUGAUGCAUACGUUACAGCGUCACAGAGAUAUAUUACAGGAUUAUACUCACGAAUUCCACAAAACCAAAGCAAACUUUUUGGCAAUAAGAGAAAGGGAGAAUCUGUUGGGAUCAGUACGAAAAGAUAUUGAAUCGUAUAAAAGUGGAUCUGGUGUGAAUAACAGAAGAACAGAGCUAUUCCUGAAGGAACAUGAACACCUUCGAAACUCGGAUCGGCUGAUAGAAGAGACAAUAAGCAUUGCCAUGGCAACUAAAGAAAAUAUGACUUCGCAGAGAGGGAUGUUGAAGUCAAUACAAAGCAAAAUGAAUACCUUGGCUAAUCGAUUUCCUGCAGUGAACAGUCUGAUUCAAAGGAUCAACCUCCGGAAAAGACGAGAUUCUCUCAUCUUGGGUGGUAUUAUUGGCAUCUGUACCAUCUUAUUGCUGCUGUAUGCUUUUCAUUGAUGGAUGUUCCCCAUGGACUCUGCUAACCUCAUCACCACCAUCCCUCCCCCCCAGUCAAGGAAAAGUGAAUGGGGGAAGAGACAGACUUUAAACAGCCUGCUCUUUAUGGCUGGGAGUAUCAGCAUGAUGUCUAGAGUUUACGGUGGUAGACUGCGACACUGGUUUUGGGUUGAAGCUGCAGUGUUUCUCCUUCCCUGACAUACAUCUUCCUUUGGUUAAAUUUUGCAUAAGUGAUUUUUGUGUUUAAUUCCCUUUCACACUGUAAGGUAAGUGAAUAUGUGACACUUUUCAGUACCAAUGGAACAGCUUCCAUGCUCGGUGAUGGUGGGGAGGUCUUUUGUUAGCUGAGAAGUGGGAAGCCUGUUCUCCCUGAAGGCCAAGCACAGCACUGAACACUUGCCCUAUGAGAAGGAUAUUGCAGCUUUAAGCCAUCAGGUUGGUUUACUACUAAUUACAUGUUCUGUGAUUCUUUUAAACUCAUGGCUGAGAUACUAGUCACUUCUACAUAACUCGUGCUGUGAAAACUGCUUCACGCAAGUUUCUCAAAGAAAGGAGGAUUGUUCAAUUCACUUUUUGCACAGAGUAUGAAUAAAGUACCCUCUGAGGAACAUUUAUAAGGUUUCUUGUGGCUUUAAAGGGACUAACAAGUCCUCAUUUGUAAAAUAAAGGGAGCACAGCGUUCUAGAAGCUGUUUACCAUAGUGUGCAGUCAUCUGAAAAGUGACCAAACGUGAGUUCACCUAAAAGUAAUCUUUUGGGUGUAAAUACUCUGAUUUUGGCUGACAUCAUAAAAGUCUUUAUAAAGACAUGAUAAGCAGUGCGAAAAGUCUAUAUUGUAAUUUAGAUAAAGUUAUUCUAAUAGCAUUAAUAUUUUUACACUGUAAGUAGGAUAUAAUCUAAGCUGUCAAUUGGAAAUGGAUCAUAUGAUGGUUAUACCUGAUAGCAGAUGUAUCUGUGUGCAAAAUUUGUGGCUGUAACCCCUCAUAGUAAAGAGUCAAAUGUAUGAAUGGCUAAAUAGUCAAGCAAGUUUUUUUUACAUUUAUCUUGGGGAGGGGGAUGACAACUUUUUUUCUUGUCCAGACAUACAAGAUGAAUCCUGCUGCGUUUAUGUCUCUAAACAAAGCUUAACUUCAGGAAUGGCUUUGAUAUUACAGAUUCACAAAUUACAGAUUUUUCUGCUCUUUCAACUGCUCUUUUCCAUCUGUCACAUUAUAACAUAGUAAAUUCAAACUGAGGGACUGAAAUAUCUUUCUAAGAACUUGAUUAACUCUUUUUUUUUUUUUUUUCUCCACAAUCAGUUUACAGUGCUCCUAGCAGAUUCCAUGUAUGCCAUUACCCCCAAAUGCUGGACACUCUCCAGGUUCUGGAGAUGGUCCCUGUUCUGCAGCACUGUCCAGCAGGAUGGUCACAAUUUUAUUACUGCUUUUUAUAGUGUCUGUGCAGUACCCUGUUGAAAGGAGUAGCAACUUGUGCCUGUGUAGUGUGCAGAACUACUGUCACACAUAAAACACUCGCAUGGACUUGAAGGUUUGUUUGCAGAAUAGUAACUUUGUGCUAAAAAGACUACAAAGACAUGUAACUGGUCAUCUUGUCUUUGGUGUUGGAAAGCAUUUGAAAUUAAUACAUGUGAAAUUAUGGGGCUUGUAUUUUAAAUAAAGGGUAGUCAUCUGGUUCAUUUGGAAAUGUUCCUGGUUUGAAAUAAAGUGUUCAUUAAAGGGGUUCAUGAAAAACAUUGAUGGAUAAAGGAAGUUUAUCAGCUAAUCUGUAUAUUAGGAGAUCAAACCUCUUCUCCCCUGAUUUCUUUUUCUUUUUUUUUUUUCCCCCCCAAAGGGCCCUGAUUGGCAGCUGUGCUUCUGUUUAGGAUUUGUAGGAUUUGAUUGCUAUAUAGUUGGCAAUAUAAGAUCUGCAGUAUCAUAAAUAAAUUCAUUUAUUUAAUCUUAUAACCAGUCUUUUUACUGGGUUUAAUGGAUGAUUUGGUGCAUAUAUUUAAUCUUAUUGUGCAAAAAAGCUGCUAUGGAAAAUAUGUAGAUUAUAAUGAAUAUGUAAACAUACUUGAUUUUUCAUGUUAUGGAAGAACUGAUAUAUUUUAGUAUGAAAGACCAGAAAUAUGCUGAAUUAUCUCUGAUAAAGCUUUAUUGGAAAUGGUUUCAGUGUUGGCAACCCCUCUGUGGUUUAUUUGUGUUGGUAUUGAAACAGAGCUUUGUGUUGGAAAAUACAUUUAAUUAACCUUGUAAUCUCCCCUCCAUCGUCUUGUUGCAGUCUUCUAACAAUGUUUGCUGUUCUCCGUUGCUCUCUGAAGUGCUGCGCUUGCGUAGAACCAAGGGAAAGACUUGCUAGUUCUCCAGAAUGUCUCGAGUAAUGUGGAUCUAUAGUUAAGGCAACGGACUGGAAAAUGAAAACAAUGGAUUUUAGCAUUUAAUCCCAAAUCCCAAAAUACCAUUUUCCUCUUUGCAGCUUGUUUGUGUGUCUCCUGUUGCUAAAUAUAUUCUCUUAGGUUUCUUUGUUCUAUGUGGUUCCUCUCGCUCUAAGGAAAAAAUGCAUUUACUGAAUCCCCCUUUCUGCAACUGCUGGCAGUGCUGCAAGUUUAUUCUUCAUCCAAAAAGAAUUGUAGUAAGAAAAUUGUCUGUAAGCCAUAGAAAUGAAGUGAGUAAAUCCAGAAUGUUUCUACAAAUCUCCUCUCUUCUGGAAAUGUCCUGUUACAAGAACAGGGCCUAUCGUUUUCUCCCUGCUUCCAUCCCCUUUUUUUAAUUUCUACUUUAUUCUUACCAGUACACAAGCAUCUACUUUAAAGGUGUCCAACAAGCUGCUAGCUAAGCGUUUGAACGUGAGGGAUCCUGGUGAUAACUUUUGGUCCCAUGCUUCAAAUGAACACUUCAAUAUUUUUACCUUGCUUUUUAGACUAUUUUUUCUUUGUUUGUCUAACCUUCAAGAUCUGGUUGCUGGAGCAGAGGGAUAGGGUUCUGCCAACACUUGGUGCUGCGUGUGCAGUCAGUAGUGAGCAUUGCUGUGGCAAUAUCCCAGACUGCAGCCGUGACUUAUCCCUAGCCUUUCACUGGCGUGUGUGAGCAAUGACGGAGUAAAGGCUUUGCCAUCUUGUAUGUCUCUGGGACCAACCGCUGUGGUGCUUCGGGUAGUUUGGGAGGUUGUCCUUCCUGGGAAAGCACAACGUUUCUCUUAAUCAGUAUUGAGUUCAGAAGCUGUUGGAUAUCAACAGCUGCGGUGUAAAUUCCUAUUGGCUUCGUUACACUGAAUGAUCGACUAGUAUUUUUCUUUUCUAAUUCUAAAGUCCUUACUUUUGGAAGGUCUUAAGAUUGCUGUGAGAAGAAAGAGUCGGUUCCUCACUGAAUGUUGAAAAUGAAAGAGCUGAAGUCGAUUUUUAGGUGAUGUGGAAGUUUCAGAUAAAUUUGUUGACAGCUUGUCCUCCAGGGCUGUGUUCUCUGAGGAGCUGUGUUCCCGAAGCUCCCCCCCAAAACUGCUAUGUGGAGUGAAGGCUGGUCCACCACUUCUGACUGUGUAACUAGUUUAGUCAAGAUUAUUUUAAUUUUCUAAGACUAGCAGCUUGCUUCCCAAAAUCUCUUGUUGCAUAUCCUUUUCUUUUUUCUUUUCUUUUGCCUUGUGUUCAGAAUAGGAAAGAGAGAAUAACUGUAUGACUUUCAAAGGAGGAAAUAAUUCCGAAACUCCUUACAGCCAUGCUGGCUUGUGCAGUACGGGAGACGACAAAGACAGACA